CUUUCAUUUGAGUCUGUCGUUCUUGUUCCUCUUCUUCUCUUUCCAUAUUCCAUCCCACAACCGACAAUCGCAAUGGCUCCCAAGAAGACCCCCGGCGCCGGUGCCGCCGCUAAGGAGAAUGUCACCCUCGGUCCUCUGGCCGGUGAUGGCAAGCUCGUUUUCGGUGUUGCCCGUAUCUUCGCCUCUUUCAACGACACCUUCGUCCACGUCACCGAUCUGAGUGGUCGCGAAACCAUCUCCCGUGUCACCGGUGGUAUGAAGGUCAAGGCUGACCGUGACGAGUCCUCCCCCUACGCCGCCAUGUUGGCCGCCCAGGACGUUGCUACCCGCUGCAAGGAGCUCGGUAUCAACGCUCUGCACGUCAAGAUCCGCGCCACUGGUGGUACCGGCACCAAGACCCCCGGUCCCGGUGCUCAGUCCGCCCUCCGUGCCCUCGCCCGUUCCGGCAUGAGAAUCGGCCGUAUUGAGGACGUCACCCCCAUUCCUUCCGACUCUACCCGUCGCAAGGGUGGUCGCCGUGGUCGUCGUCUGUAAGCAUGUGCGGGGCUGUCUUCCAACUUGUCCGGUUGGUUAUCCCGAGUACGUGUCUUUUGCGGAUGUGGAUGGAAUAAACGCGGAGAACGGCUUUUUCGCCUGGUCUUCAAUUCCUUGUCCGAAAAUAAAAUCUCAGUUAGCGUAUCAAUGUUAUGCUGGGGAAUUACUUUGUUCUCUACCCGU